CUCUUUCUCCUUCCGCACUGUCCGAGUUUCCGCUUCCCUCCCGGGCGCGGGGUGAGGGAGCGGGGCCGCGUCUCGGUCCCGGCCGCUGCCGCCAUGUGGCCCCCAGACCAGGAACCCGACCCGGACCCCGACCCGGCCCCGGCACGCGCCGGCCGCUCCCCGCCGGGCGCGGGGGUGUCCGGGCUCCGCGCCCUUUUACCGGCGCGCGCCUACCUCUGCUCGCUCAAAGGCCGCCUCCUACUGGCAGAGUCGGGUCUGUCGUUCAUCACCUUUGUCUGCUAUGUGGCAUCCUCAGCAUCUGCCUUCCUCGCGGCGCCCCUGCUGGAGUUCCUGCUGGCUCUCUACUUCCUCUUUGCUGAUGCCAUGCAGCUGAAUGACAAGUGGCAGGGCUUGUGCUGGCCCAUGAUGGACUUCCUGCGCUGCGUCACAGCAGCCCUCAUCUACUUCGCCAUCUCCAUCACCGCUGUCGCCAAGUACUCGGACGGGGCUUCCAAAGCAGCAGGGGUGUUUGGCUUCUUUGCCACCAUCGUGUUUGCAAUUGACUUCUAUCUGAUCUUUAAUGAUGUGGCCAAAUUUCUCAAACAAGGGGACUCCGCAGACGAGAACACAGCUGACAAGGCAGAAGAAGAGAAUUCCGACUCUGACUCUGACUGAAGGCCUGCCCUGCCCUGGCAACCUGAGCUUCACAGGCCUUGCUGCUGCCCCUGUGACCAGGACAGCCAGGACAUGGUCAGGGGGACCGUGCACACUGAGAAGGAGGUUGUGACUUUAGCAGCAGUGGGAGUUGCUGACGGAGCUGGCCUCCUCACAGCCCCAAGGUGACAUUCCCAAGCCCACCAUACAAAUCGCACCCCUUGGCUUAGCGCCGUCCAAAAUACACAGGGGCUUCAUGAA